CUAGAUCAGAACAUGUCGUCAACCCAGCAAGUGUGGCACACGGGGGUGCCCCCACCAGGCCCGAACAGCCCCACAGCGGUGGUGCCCAUGAUGCCCAUGUCCCCUUCAGCCCCGGGCUCCCCCGAGGACGGACCAGAGAAAGUAUCCUCCCCGCUGGAGUGUUCCAUCUGUUUUACGGGCUAUGAUAAUAUCUUUAAGACACCGAAGGUCCUUUCUUGCACUCAUGUCUUUUGCCUGGAGUGCCUGGCUCGGCUCAUGGCAGCCCAGCCUGCCGGGCAGUCGGACGACACGAUCCCCUGCCCCCUCUGCCGCCAGCCCACACCUGUGCCGCUGACCGGCGCCCCGGCCUUGCGCACCAACCAAGAGCUGCUGGCCUCGCUGGCCCCACAUCUGCGGAAGGAGGAGCCUGUCUGGAUGGACGGGAGCAAACUGUGCUACAGGCCCCCCUUGUCUCCUAGCACAUCCGAGCCCCCUACCUGCAUCUGUUUGGAUGUGGGCUUGAGCAAGCCAGAUACUGUCCCUCUCCCGUCCCCCAUCCCACCUCGACGCAGAGGGUUCCUGGCCAGAUGUUCCUACUGCAGUGACUGGAAAAGAGUCGUCCUCAUCACCGUGCUGCUGAUCAUUCUCUUCUGUAUCGUCCUGUGGCCCGUUCAGUGCGCCCUCAAGACUGGCAACCUACGCUGCUUCACCAGCCCCUCUUCCUCGGUAGUUCACCGGCCCACCCCCUCCGCUUUCCCUACGAGUGAUAAUUAG